GGUACAAACCUGGCUCAUAGGCUAGUCGUCCACGAGUGAAACCAAAGAAGAAAGAAUGGCAGAGACUCACAGCUUGCAGGACAUGAGGCAGCAGACUGCCAUCACUGCCAAAGUCUUCAUUCAGAGAGAUUACUCCAGUGGCACCAUGUGCCAGUUCCAGACCAAGUUCCCCUCUGAGCUGGAGAACAGGAUCGACAAACAGCAGUUUGAGGAAACGGUGAGGGCGCUGAACAACAUGUACGCUGAGGCCGAGAAGCUGGGUAGCCAGUCAUAUAUUGAAGGCUGUUUGGCCUGCCUCACAGCGUACACAGUCUUCCUGUGUAUGGAGACGCACUAUGAGAAGGUUUUGAAGAAAAUUGCAAAGUACAUUCAGGAACAGAAUGACAAGAUCUAUGCACCGCGAGGCCUACUGCUCACUGACCCCAUCGAGAGAGGCCUGCGGGUCGUUGAAAUCACCAUCUUUGAAGACAGAAGCCUGACUAGAUAAAAGCUAACAUGCAGCUGUUGGGCUGCACGGAGCUGCAGGGUCUACAGCAUUCCGUCAGCAGAGCCCACCUCCCCCGAGGAAUACCGAGGCCUGCAACCUUAAUACUGCGUCUCUACAAUCUGUCAUCACUGUCAUAUGCAUGUUCCAUUCACAUGACUAGGUUUGAGAUGUUGUGCCUCACAGGUUUUAGCAUUAUUUCUUGCCUUUCUGUCACCAUUGAUAAGCCCGGUAUCAAAGUGUUAUAUGCUUGUAAUCAGCUGACAGCCAUCUCCUUCUAAAAGAAAAUUACCUUCCCAUUCAGCUAAAAUUCAUUCUUAAUCUGGUUUCAUGGGAAGUGUUUUUGUUUUUGUUUGUUUGUUUUUUUACUUUGUGUCCUUGUUUAGGCACUAAACUACUAUGUUUACCGAAGAAGUAGCACAGGAUCUGAAAUAAGAAGCAAAUUCAGACGUGCCUUAAAUCUGCACUCUUUCUAACAGCCUGCAGGGGGCGACUCCUCUGGCUGCAAAAAUAAUCCUGACUGUAUGGAAUACAAAGGAGAGAUGAGCCUGCUGCUCACUUGUUUUAAACACUUUCCUGACAAAUCACGCCAAAUAUUAAAGAAUGCAAUCUGGUUUUUAUUUUGUAAUUGAAUUUUAUUUCGGGAUGAAGAAGAUGUUAUUCUUUAUGCUGCGGCUACCUUGUGUUUGCUAUCGUGAGAGCAUGGAGUGAGCUCAGUUUCCUGUCAGUAAAAAUUCAUGGGUCCUCAAACAGGACAGCACAGUGGCCACUGUUUUUCUAUCUUUAACCAGUUUUGGCCUAUCUGGUCACCUAAGAUAGAAAGCAAGAGUAGUACCCACAUAUAUUUGAACAUGAGUCUUUGUUUCCCUUGAACCACAGUAGAAUGCAGUUUAGUUGUAUGGAAAGAACAUUUUUAGGAGUAAAGGCAUUUAGCUGGACUAAAAGGAUUUAUAUCUUUUAAUGAUAUUUGUGGGGACUCUGACCUUUUCUAUAUGCCUGUCCUUUUUAGAAGGUCCUUUUUAAACAAUAAAGCUGACAAACAGGGUAACUCAUUUUUAUGACGCUCUACAGAACAGCCACGCUGUAAGGAAGGCAGUUGUUAUCAGCGCCGCAUCCCUGAGCUCCCUCUUUGCUUGCUUUAUUUUUGUUGGUGUGUUUUUUGGGUGCAUGGUAUUUUAAUCAGCAUGUUUCCCCAUCAGUUUUUAGGUUAUAAUUUCCAGCUCCUGACAUUCUAGUCAGUCCCAGAUUAAAAAUUUACUGUAUGUCUCAUACAGUAAAAAGAUAUUCUUUUGUGUCGAGAAACCCAAACUUGUGCCUGCUCGGUAUUUAGCAUGUCAUACUGUAAAUGCACUUCCUCGAGUCAUGGUUCGUUUUCUUUGAAGACUAUACACAAUGUUUGGUGACUACUGUUUAUUUUUUGACUCGCAUUCAAUAAGUGUAUACUUUAAUCAUAUCUUGUGAGCUUGCCUUUGACUGAAGUAUUAAAAGUGCUCUUGUUAGUUGACUUUGAAUGUUUUCUGUGAGAAUCUCCAGGUAUUAGACAGUAACUACAUCUCAGUCCUGCUAAUCUGUAAAGUUUUUCAGAGACCCACUGCUUAAUGUCGCUGUACCAAUUUCUAGUGUGACCGGGCCUCAUCGUGAAGACCGUAUCAUUUGUUUUGUUCACUUUCUGCUAACACACUGAAAUCUAACACUACGAUUUUUACUCUGCGGAGAACCUCAGUGCUGUUUGUGUUAACAAACCUUACCAAAGGUUGAACAGCAUGUACAGCUGGUUGUGUUUCUCUUGUGAAUGUAGUCUGACAGAAGCAUCUUGUAAAAAGUCUGUAUGUACAAGUAAUGACCUUUGAAUGCCAUCAGUAACAAAGAUUUUUAAUUUUUGUAAAUAAAUGUUUCUUUAAUUUUUUUAGUUAGUCAUGUCAUUUAUUUAUCAUAUACACAUGUAAAAUUCAGCUGAUUUAACUUUUUUUCAGUUGAAAUCAAAAUGCUAAAUUCAUCUUGAAAUUGUAUGCUAACAAAUAAAUCCUGUAAAUAUUUUACACCA